AUGGCUCUACCAGCAGAAGCUGCAACAGCUGCAUCUACAGCUGCAGAAGCUGCAACAGCUGCAUCUACAGCUGCAGAAGCUGCAUCUACAGCUGCAGAAGCUGCAUCUACAGCUGCAGAAGCUGCAACAGCUGCAGAAGCUGCAUCUACAGCUGCAGAAGCUGCAACAGCUGCAUCUACAGCUGCAGAAGCUGCAUCUACAGCUGCAACAGCUGCAUCUACAGCUGCAGAAGCUGCAUCUACAGCUGCAGAAGCUGCAUCUACAGCUGCAGAAGCUGCAGAAGCUGCAACAUCUGCAUCUAGAGCUGCAGAAGCUGCAACAGCUGCAGAAGCUGCAACAGCUGCAGCAGCUGCUGUUGUAAAUUAG